CGUUCCGGAUCACACAAGAAAUCAAAACAGCAAGCUGUGUGAAAACACAUUGCUUCUGAAAAACGAGAAAAAGAACGCAAUUCACAUCCGUGAGGAAAUUAUCUGUACGAUCAGUGACUUUUCUUCUGAGCGUGCCUCGACUGAAAAUAGGAGCCGCAAUUCGCUACGAAACGCAAGCAUCAUGUUGUCGCGUCUGGCAUGUCACCGACAGCUGGUUUCACCAACCUUGUUGAAAACUACCCUGCAGACGGUUGCGAAGCGUCAACCGGUGUUUCGUCAGUACGCACGAGAUGUGAAGGGCGGCAGCGGUAGCAACUGGACAGCGCGUGCCGAGCGAACGUCACUACGUGAGCGGGCCAUGGCACCACCCGGUCCCAAUGCUUAUGCCAUCGGAAAGGGAGCGGUGGCCGGCGGUGCUGCGCUCGGCCUUGGCGCACUAUGCUUCUACGGCCUCGGUCUCGGCAGUGGAACUAGCACGCUCGAGAACUCGCACCUCUGGCCAGAGUUUGUGAAGCAGCGUAUUCAGGACACCUACCUAUACUUCGGCGGCUCGUUGGCCAUUUCGGCAGCCAGCGCAAUGGCAGUGUUCCGAUCACCUCGCAUGCUAAGCCUUGUGUCGAGAAACGGAUGGAUGUCAAUUCUCGGAACAUUCGCUCUGAUGAUCGGAUCCGGAAUGGUGGCACAAUCAAUUCCGUACAGCCCUGGGAUCGGCUCGAAGCAAGUUGCAUGGGCCGUCCAUUCGGCUAUCCUCGGCGCAGUUAUCGCACCCAUGUGCUUCGUCGGUGGAGCCAUCCUUACCCGGGCCGCCUGGUAUACCGCGGGUGUAGUCGGUGGGCUGUCAACGGUGGCCGUCUGUGCACCGAGUGACAAGUUUCUUUACAUGGGUGGCCCACUGGCCAUCGGAUUGGGGGUAGUGUUUGCAUCGUCCCUAGCUUCCAUGUGGCUUCCCCCGACAACGGCUUUGGGUGCCGGCAUUGCGUCACUUUCACUGUACGGUGGUCUACUUCUGUUCAGUGGUUUUCUGCUUUACGACACGCAAAAGAUUGUUAAACGGGCGGAAAUGUACCCACUUUAUGCUCCCCGUCCUUUCGAUCCAGUUAACUCUGCAAUUUCAAUCUACAUGGACACACUGAAUAUUUUCAUCCGGAUCGUCACGAUUUUGGCUGGGGGAGGUGGUAAUCGACGCAAGUAAAGGACAAGAGCUAUAAAUAUCUUCUAUUAUAAAUGUCUUCUUUAAGCUAGCGUAGUUACGUGCUUACUAUUUUACAGAGAUCAAUAGCAAGUUCGAUCGAUCGAAACAAAACCCCUGAAUUAUUAACCAUUAAUCGACUGUUGCGUUGCUGUGUAUGAACAUUAGCAGAAGAAUGUGAAUAAAUCAAUGUUUU